AUGGUAUGUGCGUUUCUGGCGGCUGACCACCUACGCGGCACUGCCGCGGUUGUGGGCUUUGGCAACGAUCCUGAGCUUCUUAACUUUAUGGCCGCGUUGGCUGGGACCAAUGCACUAGGAGCCCAGUGCCCACCGUUGAGCGGGCUUGGCACAGUUGAGCUUCUUUGUCGUAUCAUUGCCCGUGGCUACAAUAACAUGCAACCCUUACACCAAGACCUUCUUGCGUCCCGACUCAGUCAGUUACCGAACGCUGUCGGGGCGGCUGGCUGGUGGGACUGCUACAACAAGGCCAUCCCCAAGACUGUCUUCGUCUGUGCUGGUUCUGAUGAUGGUGCGGUGCCUUUACAGCCUGCGUUUGUCAUCACCACCUCGCAGGACGAAUGGGGCGCCUUCAGCACCAUGCAAAACUUCGCCACGCGCUGCCGGCAACCACUUCGACGCCUCGAUUGGAACGGUGUUGGGGCACUACGAGACCCAAUAAGGAUAGCCGCCAGGUCUUUGCAGCUUCGACAACUGUACCGAGGUGCCGUUGCCCUUUUACCGGUUGUGAAUGCUGCCACUCGCCUCGCCGCACGCAACGGGGUGAAAGUCGGCUGGGCGCACCGCCAGAAUCAUAACUUGGAGCACGCCAUGGCCAUGAAUUGCCCAGGCUUCCAGCCCAAAGCACGCUGUCUGCGCUGUCAAGCGUUCUUCGGUUAUACACUCCAUCCCAUAGCGGUAGGAGCAUUAGUAAUUGGGGAGGAGAAUGCCGUGCUUGGCGCCGCGUUGCUCAAGUGUCACUUGGCCAGGGCUUGCGCAGAAUGUAUUGCACAUUAUGCUUGCCAGAAUGCUAGAGGUGGACCGGCACAGCUACAGCCCACUCAUUAG